AUGGACUUGAGAGUCGGCAAGAAGUAUCGCAUUGGUCGGAAGAUCGGUCUGGGAUCGUUCGGCGACAUUUAUUUGGGCACCAACAUCAUUUCCGGCGAGGAAGUUGCGAUCAAACUUGAAAAUACAAAGGCUAAACACCCUCAGCUCGAAUAUGAAGCUAAAGUGUAUAAGGCUCUUUCUGGAGGGGUCGGUAUACCGUUCGUGCGUUGGUACGGCACUGAAUGUGACUAUAACGCUAUGGUGAUCGAUUUGUUGGGUCCAUCUUUGGAAGAUUUAUUCAACUAUUGCAACCGCAAAUUCACCUCCAAAACAGUUUUAUUACUUGCUGAUCAGCUCAUUUGCCGUAUUGAGUACAUCCACUCCCGGUGCUUCAUUCAUCGAGAUAUCAAGCCUGACAAUUUCUUGAUGGGGAUUGGCCGUCGGGGUUCUCAAGUGAACGUCAUUGAUUUUGGUUUAGCCAAAAAGUAUCGAGAUCCUCGAACCUAUUUGCAUAUUCCCUAUCGGGAAAACAAGAACUUAACGGGUACCGCUCGUUACGCACUGAUCAAUACUCACUUGGGUAUUGAGCAACUGCGUCGUGAUGACUUAGAGUCGUUAGGUUACGUUCUCAUAUACUUCUGCCGUGGUUCGUUGCCUUGGCAAGGCCUCAAGGCUGCUACGAAGCGUCAAAAGUAUGACCGAAUUAUGGAAAAGAAGAUGCUGACCCAUAACCGAAUCUUAACCAAGGGCUUGCCCAAUGAGUUCUUGGAGUACAUGGACUACAUUAAGUCUCUUAGAUUCGACGAUAAGCCUGAUUACCCUUACUUGCGCAAAUUAUUCCGUGAUCUUUUCAAGAGAGAAAACUACCGUUACGACUACGUUUUUGACUGGACUUUGUAUAAAUUCCAACAAGAGAAGAAGAAGGGCGAAGGGGAGGAUCAAAACCAACAACAACAACAACCCCAAAUUCAAGCACCCCCAGGGCAACAACUGCAACAACCCUCUCAACCCCAAUUACAGCAAUCUCUGCAAACUCAUCAGCAAGCUAAUGCCGGUGCACCCGGUCCAGGGCAAUAUUCCUCGCAGUUGACUCCUCAACAACAGAUGGCGCUUCAGAAGUCGCGGAUGAUGCUGAAGCAAAUGGCAUCUGGGCUGAGCCCGCUGUUGGCAAACCAGCAGCCUCAAGGUGGCGACGGAAAAAACUCCGCGUGGUUGUAA